GAGAAGCACCGAAGAAUAGGAGACGGUAGCAGAGGCAGGUUUUGUGCAGUCAGCAGACGAGAGACGUACUCUGUGCUGUGUAGAGACAUUCAGCGGACAUUGUGCUCCUGUGAAUAGCUCACACAAGCGACCCUUGGAGGUGCAGUCUUACCUGAAAGAGAGAGAGAGGGAGGAAGAGUGUUGCGGGCCAGCAGUGGUGAACAGAACGAGUCACAUGUGUUUCUUAGUGUUGCCGCGCUAGAACUGCGUCGGUCGGUCGGCGUCUUCCCUUACUUGUUGCGUGUGUCGUGGUGGUUGGUGGUUGUGCGUUGUUUUGUGGCAGUGUUAUCGUAUAGACGGCCAAGCUGUACGCGCACAGGGAAGAAGAUAUGCUCACGAUGGAGACGGACUUGAAGGGUGGCAGCCUGCAUGCUAACAUGCCGCCCCAUCACCCGAGUGGGCUACACUCGCAUCAGGUGUCCACGUACAGCGCCCUCGGCUCCAUCGUGCACAGUUCGGCGCUGUCGGGUAACGUGAGCAGCGUCAUGAAUCUGGGACAGCCGCCCCCUCAGCAGAUGCACCAGCCGCCCCCGUCAGCACAACAGCAACAGCAGCAUUCCCACCCCCAACACCCAUUGUCACACCCCCAACACACGCACCCCCAACAGCAUCAGCCCCAACAACACGGCCAACAUCCUCACUCUCACCAGCAACAGCAACAACAUGGGCAGGGAGGCGGUGCGGGGGCGGGAGGCGGCGGUAUGGCGGCUCAUCACCACCCGGGGCAGCACCCAGCACAUGGCCCUGCGAACAACAACAACAGCAACAGCAAGAACCAGAAUGUGGACCGCGUGAAGAGACCCAUGAACGCCUUCAUGGUGUGGUCGCGGGGUCAGCGACGCAAGAUGGCGCAAGAGAACCCUAAGAUGCACAACUCUGAGAUCUCGAAGCGACUGGGGGCCGAGUGGAAGCUCCUGAGUGAGACGGAGAAGAGGCCCUUCAUUGACGAGGCCAAGAGGUUGCGCGCCGUGCACAUGAAGGAACACCCGGAUUACAAGUACAGGCCUCGCCGUAAGACGAAGACGCUGCUCAAGAAGGACAAGUACCCCCUCGGCACCGGCUCCGGGUACCCUCGCUACGACAUGAGCCAGAUGCACUCAAACUCCUACAUGAACGGGUCCUCGUACGGAAUGUACUCGACCGGGGGCGCGGGCUCUCCCUACCAGUCGGCGGCAAUGCAACCAGGUUCGCACAGUCCCAGCGGGAGCAGCAUCAAGUCGGAACCCGUGUCCCCGUCAUCCGGAGGGCUCCACACACCUACUCCGGGGGCUGGAGCGCCUGGAGGCGGCAUCUCCGUCAAGCGUGAGUACGUGGGUGGGAAUUCGGGUGGCGCGUCUUCGCAAGGUGACUUGCGUCAAAUGAUCUCCAUGUACCUGCCCACGGAUCCGUCCGCGGACCACCAUCAGCAAGCCAGGCUACAGCAGAUGCACGCGCAGUACCACCAACACACAGGGUCACCGGACCCCAUGGGUGGCGGGCCGGGUACGAUGCCCCUCACGCACAUGUAGGUCCCAGCAGAAGCAGCAGGGUGCAGACAUUUUGACGAUGGACAGGUGCUGAGACAUUUCUCGUUUCCAUCGCCGUGAACUGUUUGACCAAAAAAUUCGCAUUUGUUCUGUCGUUGGUUGUAGAUAACACAUGAUUCUUGGGACGAGGUACCUGUCUCACUGUGUAGGCCUAUCAUGCGGGGGUGGUUAAUUCAGAGUGUGCCAAAUAGUUUAAGUUCAACGCCACCGAGUCACAGAGUGUAAGGACGUAGGGCCUAUGUUUACUGAAGCUGGCGAAACGAGCGAUGUAUUUCUCCCCCUCCCUUUAUUUGCCUUGAACUCGUGUACAUGUGAGAUGUGCUGCUCUGCUGCUAGGCCGCGUGUGAUCACUCCACUGUUUUGUGCUCCCGUUACCUGUAUGGUUUGUUCAUGCUCAAAGGCAUCUCUUACUGGAUUAUCAGAAAACAAAACUGUACUAUCAGUUAUAAUAUUAUAAUUAUUAAUUUUACUUUUAGUUUACAUUUAUUCGAUUCGUAGUUUUGUGCUACCAACGUUUUAAGAUCUGAAGGACACUUUUUUUUUGAACAAACAGCACGCAUACGUGUGUAAAAACUAUCGUAGAUAAAUCUCGACCACUGUCGAUACCCAGAAUUUCAUUAUGUUUGAAUUGUUAUUAUGUGAAUCGCUGAGUAUUUUGUCCUUUUUUAGCCUGUCACUGUCAUUACAUCUGCAUAGGUAGGUUAUCUCAUUUAAAUACUGUUAAGUGGUUCAGAUCGCAAUUGUUUGCUGUGUUAAAGAAUCUUAUUUUUAUGCUACACUGACGAUCUGAUUUUUCUUCUUCUGUGACACGAAUUGAGUACAGCUAAAUGAAUUUAUUAUUAAAAGUGUCAUGUCAGGCUCCUAAUUUCUCUGCUUGUACAGUGGAAUCACUUUUAUGAACAGACUAGUAAAUAAUUUUUCUAAAGUAUCCAUGUUUUUCGUUUCGCAUUGACGAGUUCCUUCACACGCUGCUUCUUUUCCAAUGGAAUCUCAUCAAUUUUGGGCCAGAAUGGUUAUCAAAACACAUUUACAUAAACCAUUACAUUAUUGAAAGGCUAAAUCAGUUUCAUUAAAAUUUUGACAAAUUUAAACUGGUGAAAAUCAUGAAUCACUUUGGCGAUUUGUGUCACCUGUAAUUACUUUGAGUUAAUUAAAGACGUGCCAAUACGUAAUUAUAGGCCUGUGUUUUUGCUUUUAAAAUUUCGGAAAUCCCCGUUACGUGUUGUAAUGAGCGUAUUGUAGUUGACAGUCACUUUUCAGUAGUGUUAACCAGAUAAUAUAAUAGUAAUCAGUACUGACCUACAAAUGUUAACCAACAGCAAGUGGCAAAUAUUUGUACCAUCUUAAUUAAUGUCUCAUUACUGAAUUUUGUCCAUAGAAUAUUUAUGGGUUUUGUACCAAAACAAAUAUCUAUUAUUUUCCUGAACUGCGUAACCAAUUGAUAUUUGUGACGGAAAAAAGUUGUUUUCUUUGAGGUAGGGACUGAAUUUUUAAAAAUUUAAAUGAGAUUUGGCUUCAAGAUCUGGCAAGGAGGACAUAUCUUUUCUCCUUACAUUUGCGAACGAGUCAACACAGAAAGAAAAACUAAGCGAAAAGAAAAUACGAAAAGGAAAUCUUCGGAAAAUGUAUCAGAUUUGUUUUGUUGGACAGAGACAGAGAGCGAUUUAAAAAAAAAAUCGUAUGAUGCUCUAAAUAACAAUACAAAAAUAUAAUGAUGCAUGUUUUCCGGAGAUUUUAUGUAGGCCUACAUAAACCAUAUUGGCAUAAUUAUCAUCCAACCAUAAAUCAGGAUGCAAUCACAUGCGUGCUUGUACUUGAAAGGAAGCCUUCAAUUAUCAUUCUAAAAAAAUGUUAAAGCUGAGGUCUUUGUGUAAAUUUUAUUUUAAACAUUUUUAUUCUGUUUGUACGCACUUGGUUACUUUCGUCAGGACAAUAAUUUGCCGAAAUGAAAAAUAUAAGAAUUCGUGUUCUGAAAGGUUUCAGGCUUGAGUAGGCUGACAGAGGGAGAACACUGCAUUUUUAUUCCCUGUUGAAAAAACAAAAUAAGGCCCUGGUUUACUAAUUCACACAAAUGUGUGAUGUUUCGGCUUCUUGUUGCUUUCAUCACGGACACUUACUUGUGGAACAAUGGCGACUUUUAUAUAUAGCUCUGGAACACCUAAUGUCUUUUGGUUUCUUCUCCGAUGAUAAGGCUGACUGACUCUAAAUCCUACCACUCACUUCCAUUUAGUAAGAAGAUUAAUGCAUUUAGCUGUACCUUCACUCCGCAAUACGUCUUAAUAAGAACUUACCUUUACUUCCAUGCAUUACACGUAAUAAGAUAUUAAUUGUUGUGUGGGUUCUAAUUGUUUUAGAGAUAUUUUAAGUGAUGUUCAUUAGUUCGACUGGCUCUUAUUUUAUUGUUCAAGUCAAGACAUUGAUGUCUUCCCAAGAUCCUUUGCAGUGAUAGGUUCAAGUUUAGGAAUUGUUACGACCUGAGUUACCAUCCAAGUAUGUACAAACAAGACGAUAAUUACAAACGACGGAACACAACGUUUGCCGAAGUAAUGUUUCCCACUUGCUUCUUCGUUCGACAAGAAAUGUUUAUGUCCACAACAGAUUAUAUUAAAUUUAUAUGCAUAAGCGUAAGAAUUUAAAUUUCUAGUGAGCAUUUUAGAGGUUUCAAUCUUGUUGCACACUAGAAACAUGCUACACUUUCAUUCUACGAAAGUGUUCCUUCUCUAUCUUACGAAAAAGUUUGGUUCUUUUUAUAAAAAUUAUAAUUCUAGUAAGACGUUGAAACGCACUAUACAGGCCUUGUCUUGGCUUUGCUUAUAAUUUAUGGCAGUCGGUGUUCGUUUCACUCUACUUAUAUGAUCGUCAGUGUAGUAUUUAUGAAACUAAAUUAAUACAGUAUCAUUACUGUUGAUGUUAUCAAUUUGGUUUCCGUGACGUAAGUGUAUUUCAAAUUAUCCAAAGAAAAUUGAGGAAUCACUUGAAAGCAUUCCAUUUAUGUCUGUUUACGACAAAUAUGAAUUUAAGAUAUCUCAUCCAGCUUUGUACAAAACAAACUUCCUAACAAUUAUAAUUUUAUAUUAUUUUAAAUGUACAGUGAAUGUAAUAUCGUCAAUGGCUGAACAAUGUGAGAAUUACUAUAGUCUGCAUCGAACAUUUUUAAUGAGAAGAAACUUAAGUAAGUCUUAAGCAGCCCUCUGUCGAGGAUGAUACACUUUGUUUCCUGCUGCAGAAUAUUGUGAUCCCUUUCUCAUCCCACACACACACACGGACCCUUGUUUGUGUUCUUUACAUAUCCGUCAUCCCUCGCUCGCCCACCGGUCCGAUUAUUCGUUCAUUCUAUCGUCCAUUUUUCCUCUAUCUUCACACACACACACACACGUUAAUAUGAUAAUUAUCUAUUGAUUAAAAUAACUUUGUAAAUAAUAUUGCACCAAAAAUAUCUUGUUGUACAUAUAUCAUACAAAACACGAAGGUUUUCACCCCCGUUUAAAAAAAUCUGAAAUAAAUUAAAUAUUUGAAAUGGAUUUUAAA